AUGCAACUCUCGAGCUCGGUCAUCCUACUGUCUCUUCUUUUCCCCUCCUUCUCACAAGCUAUGCUUCAAGCGGGUCAGAGUGGCUACUAUUGUGGCAAGAGUGUUCUCUUUUCAUCAGCGAAUCUCGAAUCAAAGAAGCGUGCUCUAAAUCAAGUGAGCAUGAGUAGUCCAAAAAACGCAUGUACUCAAGACCGUUGUGUGGUCAAGGUAACGGGAAAUACACCAAAGCUCACACCUGUUAACAAACAAAUGAGCGAAGUCCUGGAUGUCGGGACAACUUAUAUGAAACCUUUAAAGGCAAUUGGAGGAACCCAGUCAGUAGAUAUGGUCUAUUAUCUGGCCAUCACAUGUGCAAUAAAUAUAUGCCAUAGAUAUCAAAUUAUUCAAAAAUCCAUGGAUGGGUCGAGGGCAAGGGUAUGCACCCCAUCGAUGGAAAGUCAGAGAAGCUUCCGCACUGUGCCUCGUGCCAUUGACUGA